AGCUCAGCUCAUGCGGCGAGUGACUUCUUGUAAAGGAACGUUUUUGUAAGCUUGUCAAGCCCCAACCCAGGACCACAGUAGCCUUCAGUUAUUUUCUGCCCUGUUAGCAGUGCUGGGUGAUGAACGAGACUGUCCCCAGGUCCUUGUCCUCUCCCAUUCUGUCCCUGACUCCAGGAGCCUGGCAGAGGGGGAGGUGAGGGCCCAGGGGCUGAGAGGGGGCGGGGCCGGAGAGGGCUUGGACCAUUUAUAGUCCUGCUCUUUGGGGUGCUGAAGGUGCUGAAAUAGGGCAGGGACAAGAGGCCUGGCGCAGUAAAGCGCCCACCCAGCUGGCCUGACAGACCCUGAGAUGACAGUAGGCAGCAUGGAGAACGUGGAGGUCUUCACUGCCGAGGGCAAAGGCAGAGGUCUGAAGGCCACGAAGGAGUUCUGGGCUGCGGACGUCAUCUUUGCCGAGCGGGCUUACUCUGCAGUGGUUUUUGACAGCCUGGUGAACUUCGUAUGCCACACCUGCUUCAAGAGGCAGGAGAAGCUCCAUCGCUGCGGGCAGUGCAAGUUUGCCCACUACUGUGACCGCACCUGCCAGAAGGACGCCUGGCUGAACCACAAGCAUGAGUGCUCCGCCAUCAAGAGAUACGGCAAGGUGCCCAACGAGAACGUCAGGCUGGCAGCGCGCAUCAUGUGGAGGGUGGAGAGAGAGGGCACCGGGCUCACGGAGGGCUGCCUGGUGUCGGUGGAUGAACUGCAGAACCAUGUGGAGCACUUUGGGGAGGAGGAGCAGAAGGAGCUGCGGGUGGACGUGGACACAUUUCUGCAGUACUGGCCACCCCAGAGCCAGCAGUUCAGCAUGCAGUACAUCUCGCACAUCUUCGGAGUGAUCAACUGCAAUGGUUUCACACUCAGUGACCAAAGAGGCCUGCAGGCAGUGGGUGUGGGCAUCUUUCCCAACCUGGGCUUGGUGAACCAUGACUGUUGGCCCAACUGCACUGUCAUCUUCAACAAUGGCAAUCAUGAGGCAGUGAAAUCCAUGUUUCACACCCAGAUGAGGAUUGAGCUCCGUGCCCUGGGCAAGAUCUCAGAAGGAGAGGAACUGACAGUGUCCUACAUUGACUUCCUCAAUGUCAGUGAAGAACGCAAGAAACAGCUGAAGAAGCAGUACUACUUUGACUGCACGUGUGAGCACUGCCAGAAAGGGCUGAAGGACGAUCUCUUCCUUGGGGUGAAAGAGAACCCCAAGCCCUCUCAAGAAGUGGUAAAGGAGAUGACACAAUUCUCAAAGGACACACUGGAAAAAAUAGACAAGGCCCGAUCUGAGGGUUUGUAUCACGAGGUUGUGAAGCUGUGCCGGGAGUGCCUGGAGAAGCAGGAGCCCGUGUUUGCCGACACCAACCUGUACACACUGCGGAUGCUGAGUGUGGUCUCUGAGGUCCUCUCCUACCUCCAGGCCUUUGAGGAGGCCGCGCACUAUGCCAGGAGGAUGGUGGAUGGCUACAUGAAGCUCUACCACCCCAACAAUGCCCAGCUGGGCAUGGCUGUGAUGCGGGCAGGGCUGACCAACUGGCAUGCUGGUAACAUCGAGGUGGGGCACGGGAUGAUCUGCAAAGCCUACGCAAUUCUCCUGGUGACACAUGGACCCUCCCACCCCAUCACCAAGGACUUAGAGGCUAUGAGGGUACAGACAGAGAUGGAGCUGCGCAUGUUCCGCCAGAACGAGUUCAUGUACCACAAGAUGCGCGAGGCUGCCCUCACCAACCAGCCCAUGCAGGUCAUGGCUGAGCCCAGCAAUGAACCAGCCCCAGCUUUGUUCCACAAAAAGCAGUGAGCACCUGGGGGUGGAGAGCAAUGUGGCUGGGAAGCUGGGAAGAAACUUGGACCUGGCGGCUCUCUGCAGAGUCUCUUGAUGAGGAAAUCAGAGUCAUUUUGCACUUCGUGACUGAGGCAAUGUACUGCCCUUAAUUCCCAAUGUCAUUUUGGUUCAACUCAACUUAUUUUAAUUCAAUUUAACUCUAUCUCAUUCUUGCAGAACUCUUCCUAUAAGUAUUCAUUGGUGCUACAUCCUAGAACCCAAUGAAGGAUCAUAAAUAUAGUGGGAGGCAAAAAGUAAACAAACAAAGCACAGUGUGAUGCCAAAUGCAAUAGCGAACAGUGUAAUGAGAGGGGUGGUGCAGAAGGGGGUAUAUGUCUGGCUCAUGUCUGAUGCCUGUGUUAUGUGUGCAUGUGCAAUGGGGUAGUCAUGGAGAAGUUGACAUCCAAGAUGAGGGUGCCUCUAAGUCACUGGUGUCCCAUUGACUCUUCACCCAUCUGUGCAGAGGUCUCUGGGGCUACUGGUCUCAACCAUGGUCUGGAAUACUCAGGAUAUAGAUUAGAAUUGGUGAUACCCAGUUUCCUCUGGCUGGUGUGGCAUUCUGCGGAAGGACUGUGCUUGGUCCCUUAGGAUAUACCCAGAGAGAUGAAUACUCUUCAGAAUGGUGCAGUGCAGAAAGAGGUAGUGGUCUUGAGAACUACUCCCAGGUCUCAGUUCAGUUUGAAUCCCAAGUAUAAUUUUAGGAAUAAUUCUAGAAUGCACAAGGAAAUGAUGUCUCCCUUCCUCACUCUCAUUUCUGAGCCUUACAGCUGUUUGGAUGUGGGGUCUACUUAAUACAAUAUCUGAGACUUUUCUGGCCAUCAGCACAAGAGGAUUAAAAAAGUCAUUCAGGGGUGAACCUUUUCAGGGUGAAGCAAGGUAAAACAUGCAUACAUGAUGACCGUGGCUGUGACAGAUUUGGCUUUGGCUUCCCUUGCUUAAUUUCCUUUUUUCCCCAAUUACCUGAGGGUUUUGCUCUUUGCACCAGAAGAACUCUUCUUCCCUCAGUCAAGAGCUCAUUAGCAGUAUGACAAAUGUGUCCUUGUUCUCUGAAAGGUGUUCUUGGGAAUCAACCAAUCCCAAACAUAGUUUAUUAUCUUCCAAGACUCCAGAUUUUUCAUCAAAGUUUUUGGGAAUUGUAGAAUAUAACCCUUCCACUGGAGGUAUCACCAAGAUUUCUACACAUCCAUGACCUAUCGCAGAACCCAGAAGUCCACUUAACAUCUUUUAUCUUUUUUUUUUUUUUUUUUAGGUU